AUGAUAGAAUCCGUAGAUAGCUGUGCAUAUGACCUCAGCAAUCUCGACAAUCUUCAGAAACACCUCAAGGAGAAGCUGGCUGGAAAGAGAUACUUGCUCGUCUUAGAUGAUGUAUGGAAUGAGGAUACGGAAGAAUGGGAGAGGCUUAGAGUCCCCUUGCUAUAUGGAGCCAAAGGGAGCAAGAUACUAGUGACCACUAGGAGUGAGGAAGCUGCGCAUAUUAUGAGAACCUCGACUACGUACUAUUUGCAGGGUUUAUUAGAUGAUGACUGCUGGUCUUUGUUCUGCCAGUAUGCAUUUGCCCGAGAUCCAAAUGCAUUUUCUGAUCUAGAUGAUAUCGGAAGACGGAUUGUGAACAAGUGCAAGGGCUUGCCUCUGGCAGCGAUUGCUUUGGGCCAUAGGAUGCGCAGGGUAGCUGACAGAAGCAAGUGGGAAGCAAUUCUCCAAGACGAGAAGUGGGAAUUCUCUGGUGGGAGCAGCGACAUCUCUCGUGCGGUUAGCUCGAGCUACCAGCAAUUGCCUGCACAUCUUAAGCCAUGCUUUGCAUAUUGUUCCUUAAUUCCGAAAGGCUACGAGUUCGAGAAGGAGUUCGUAGUCCAACUGUGGAUAGCACAAAAUUUCAUUCAGCCAAGUGGGGGAGAACGAAUCGAAGACAUAGGCAGCUACUACUUUGAUUCGCUUGUGCAGAAGUCAUUCUUCCAGUUCUCACACUUUGACUAUAAAAGCAGCCGACCUAGGUACAAAAUGCAUAAUCUUAUUCAUGACUUUGCUCAACAUGUAUCAAGGGAGGAAUGUUGUAUAGCGGAGCUUGGCAAACCAUGCAAUCUCUCUGCAAAGACUCGGCAUCUGUCGUUGAUCUGUGACCGGUUUCUGCGGGAUAACUCGACGCAAUCCCCUCUGUCUAAUCAAAGGAAGAAUAUUUUUAAGACAUUAUAUGGAUACAGUGGCUUGUACACGCUCCUGCUGGCUGGUGGAUCCACAACACAUGAGAUAAGGGUCCCCAGCAAUCUUGCAAAGAGAUUGGAAAGACUACGGACCUUGGAUCUGAGCAACUGUGGCAUAAGUACGCUGCCUGAAUCAAUAGGUGAUUUGAAGCACCUUCGGUGCCUCCAGCUUCGCAACACAAAUAUUAGAAGGCUGCCUGAAUCAGUGGGUUGCCUUUACAAUCUUCAGAUAUUGGGUCUUAGAAAUUGUGAUAUUCUGGAGUUGCCUUGGAGCACAAGAAAUCUCCGAAAACUGCGCCAUCUCGAUCUGCAUCUUGAUGAAAAUUCAGUGAUGGCACAGGCUGCCAUGUCCAGAGGGAAUAGUCUGAGGUCCAUGCCACCAAAAAUUGGACUUUUAACUGAUCUCCAAACAUUAUCAAGAUUUGUUGUAGGUACACAGCAUAGAUGUGGGUUAAGAGAGCUGAAGGAUUUGAACAAUCUACAUGGAGAGCUUCAAAUUUCAAACCUUCAUUUUGUUUCAAAAGCAGCAGAAGCCAAGGAGGCGAAUUUAGCUGGAAAGCGAUACAUUCACAGGUUAGAGCUACGAUGGAGCUAUGCACUCGGUGUGGAUGAGGAGAAAGUUCUGGAUAGCCUCCAACCUCACACUAACCUCAAAGAGCUAAGGAUAGUAGGCUAUGGAGGUGCUUCAUUUCCGGAUUGGAUAUGGCAUUCUUCCUUCUCCAAUCUAGUAAUCUUGUCGCUCUCCGACUGUGGUAAAUGUGAAAAACUCCCACCGCUUGGACAGUUGCCACUUCUGAAGGAACUCUAUGUAAAAGGAAUAGAUUCAGUGAAGACUGUGGAUUGCUCAUUUUGUGGUCAUGACAGAAGAAAUUUCCCAUCAUUGCAAAAGCUACAUUUUGAGAGCAUGCACAGCUUGCAGGUUUGGUGUGGAUAUGAUAAUUGCCUGCUUCCUUUGCUUCGAGAGCUGGUUUUUAAGAACUGCACUGGUCUUCGACAACUUACUCAUAAUCUUCCUUCCCUGUCAAAAUUGGAGAUUGAGGGAUCCCCAAAAUUAGUUGGCUUGCGAAGCUUCCCAUCGCUCCAAUCUUUAGAGGUGAAGGCCAGCGGCGACUGGACAAUUGGCUCCCCACUGACCUUACCUAUUUUGCGAUCAAACAUUGUUCUCAAAUCCGUGCACUACCAAGGGGACUGCAGAACCUAA